CGAAAGAGUGGUCCUGAUCGUCUCUCCGAAUUCUUACAAGCCAAAGCUUCUUCAUUUGUUCAUCCUUCGGAAAUAUAUGAAAGGAUAAUGCUGGGCAUUUGUAGGCUUUAACUGUACACUGAGGUACACAGCAAAAUCGACUAUCAUUGUUAAUUUUAAGAGCCGGCAUGGUCGAAGAACGCUACGUGCAUCAACAGUAAACAUCAAAACCGGAAGUGGUCUAGAUUUUUUGUGGGGUGAAGGUCAUCUGCAUGCAUAAUUUUCCGAAAUCAUAGUAUAAGUUCGUGGCCAGUCUUUACUGUUAUUCUUAUUUGUGGGAACCUUCGGUCAUAGACACUUAUAAAGAAUGUUUUUGAAGUCGAUACAGAGCUGACUGAUACCGAAAUUGUACCCCAGGUUGAUUAUUGUAUUAGUAUUAUAAAUUUAUUUUCCUUUUAUGACACUCCGUCUGAGAGCAUACUAUUUUGCCUAUCUUCUCGACAUGGUUCCAGUGAUUAUUCUUGUUUGGUUCUGGAUUUUGUCCAGGGUCUGUUGGUGUGUCGUAAGAUGAUUGAAGUAGGUUUUUUAAAGUUCUCUAAUCACAGACUUUUAUGCUAAGGCGGACGUAUAUAAAACAAAUCCGUAACAGUUGGUUUAGAUCGGUGGCGAGAGGCCCAGCAACCGGAAGCGGCAGGGACAGCGCAUUAUGGGACAGUGUUUGACUUCAUCUAUCUGUAAAUAUGUCACUACGAACAAGGAUCCGUGGUUUCACGGCAUGGAUCAAUCUAAAGUUGAUGCCAUACAACCAUCUCAUGAACAAUGUCUUAAUGGACUUGCUUAGUGGCACUAACAUGAAGUACCUUGUGGAAAGUUUCACUGGACGAGAUCUUAAACGACUUGAAAAUAUGGAUGGACUAACACAGCAACAAUGUCAGACUAGAAUUGACUGGGUAUUGGAUGAGCUGAAGCGUUGCAAUAUCCUCCCUUCUGAUGUGUACAUUGAUGCUCGCAUGUUUGCAAUGAGAAAUGCUGAUCAUGUGUUUGAUUUGCUGUGGCGACUUAUUAGUCAUGAUAUAUGGUUUGUUUGGGAACGUUUGGAAUACCUUCAGCAUGAAGAUGGAGACAUUAUCACAAUGGUGCCAUUUCAGUGGACUCCAGACCCUCCACCCAAACAGAAAAAAAAAUCGAAAGCAAAGAAGUCACUUCUCUCAGGGUUUGGAUCAGCAGCAACGGAAAGGGAACAGAGAACUGAUGAUGAACAAGAUGAAGAAUGGAUCAAGUAUCCCAAUGCUGAUUUCAUGAAGGAUUUCAAGAAACAAAAAGCAGACCCAGGAAAUUAUCCUGCACCUGAUAUUUGUAUUUUGGAAAUAGUAAAUACCCAGCUAAAGAAAGUUGCUGAAGGGAAAAAUCUGUACUGCUAUAAUAUUGACGACCUUGUAGACAGUCGCAUCCUAUGUGCUUUAGUUAACUCUUUUGUACCAAAGACAUUUACAUCAGAUCUUCUGCUUAAUGACAGGUGGACAAUCAACCUGGUCUUGAGAACUGCAGAAAAAAUGUUUUAUGCAGACACACCUUUUGACUCUGAAGAUCUUGCAGAGGCAGAUAGUAUGGCAUUGUGUGCUUACUUUGCUUUCUUCUUCAUGGUUGCAUUCAAGUAUCGUCAGUGCAGGAUGGUUGUUGAGAGAAUUGACCAUACUAAACAGCUGAUCAGAGAACUACAGAUUUCCAAUGGUUCUGCUGACAGACAAUGUCAGGAGAGUGAAACCCUGAUGAAGGUCAAGAUAAAGCAUCUUAAAAAAAAAAUUCAAGAGCUCACAGAAAGAUUUGACUUAGAAUUUUGCUGUAAGUGGACGAGGCAUGUGCAGGAAAUGCAGAAGGAAAUGAGAGCUCAUGUUCACAGAACCAUCAGAAACCGUUUUGAUUUUCUAACUGUGCCACGUAACAUCUCCAUCAAUAACCUAUGCUUGUCAUAUGUCAUAAACUUGAGUCUGACAAACGGAUCAGGAUUCAUCCUCACAAAAGGAUGUGAAGUUGUGGGUGAAGGGCGUCGUGUCAUUAUACGUUGCCAAGAAACAGGAGACUUUAUAGAUGAUUUCACCAGCAAAGGCAAACCUUCCAUUCAAAAAGUCCUUGGACUACCUUCAUCUAAUACAGUGGAGAUCAACCCUGCUCAGUAUCCUCAAUAUGAAUUUUAUUUUGAAGCCCCAAGCCGGAACAAGCAGUUGAAGGCUGGCACAGUGUUCUUGUAUCAAGUGUUUCCUGGGAGCACGAUCAACUGGCAACGCCUCCUCAUUAAGUCUGCUCGAGAUAAUGAAUUUGACAAAGUGGACAAGCUUCUAGAGUUUUUCCAAGGUCAUGACUCUCUCAUCAACAGCAAGGAGCCGAAGACUGGCAACACAGCUCUGCACUGGGCAUGCCGUAAUGGUCACUUUGAUUUGGCUUUGCUACUACUUGAAGGUGGAUCUGAUAUCAAUGCCAAGAACAACUUAGGCUGUUCACCUGUUUACAUGGCUAUUGAAGGUCUGCAUCGCCGGAUCUGUCAUCUACUGAUUGAAUGGGGCUGUGACAUGCACUGUCAUAACAGGAAAAAACUCACACCAUUAGAGACUAUCAGGAGUGAGGAAUUUCAACAGUUUCUUGUUAACCUUUAUGACCACUAUUUGGCUAUAGUGCCAAAAAUAAUGAAUGGCAACUAUACAGCUCUUGAAGAGGCCAUUAAAGAUCAUAUUUCUGGGAAACGAACAUUCUGUAGUCUUCACAGUAGAUGCAUCAAUGGAAGUACACUUCUGCAUACUGCCUGUUACUAUGGGCAUCAUGCUGCAAUAAAGGAUUUAUUGAAACUGGGGGUGUUCGUGAGUUUGAGAGAUUACAAAGGGGCUACACCUUUACAUCGUGCAAAAGACUCGGCAACUUUGCAGAUUCUCUUAGAUAACAGUGCAAUGAUAGAUGCAGAAGACUCUGAAGGUAACACUCCACUUCAUGUGAAGUGUUAUGGAGAAACUGGCCAACCUCCAGAGCUGGAGAGCAUUGAGCUGCUGCUCAGUCAUGGAGCCGAUCCAGCAAAACGAAACCAAAGAGCCCUGCUACCCAUCCAUUGCUGUGCUAUGCAGGGCCAAGUAGAGGUGAUGCAGCUAUUUCAAAAGCAUGGUCUCAUGGACAGCAUUGUCACUAUGCUAAAUAAUGAAAGCGGCCGCUCACCUCCUUCUCUUCUGCAUUUGGCCAUUGCAAAUGGCUUUGUUGAGUGUGCUGAAUGGCUUCUAAACAGCGGCUUCCGUUUCAAAGAUAAAGAACCAGACAUUCUUCUUCGCCGAAUUCUGACAGAGCAAGUUAAAAUUAGUGAGAAAGCAGGUGCAGUCAGAUUUCUGAUGGAGAAUGGUGCAGAUCCUAAUCCUGUGUAUCCAGGUGGCAACAGUGCACUACACCAUGCUGCAAGUUUGACAGGCCCUGUAGAUGUUGUGGAAAUUUUACUGUCCUUUGGUGCUGAUGUUGACUUGCUAAAUGAUGAAGGCGAUACAUCAUUGUUUUUUGCUACACAUGCCAAUAACCAGCUGGCAGCUUGUGUUCUCAUUAAUCAUGGUGCUAAUGUCAGGCAGAAAAAUGCCCAAGGUCUCACUGCCUUUGACUACAUAACUGAUUUUGAAGAAUGGAUUGAUUCAGGCUAUUUCUCAGAAGAAAUUAAGGCGAGGCUCAAAGCUUACAGUCUUAAGCAUGCAAGAGAUCUCAUUCAUGCAAUUUCAAGCCGAGUCAAGCCAGCGCCAACCCAUCAACUGCGAGGGAUCCUCUUCAGACAGACCACUGAAUCUUCUGUUGCUUCCACAAAACCUUGGGCUCUCCCUUUCCGUUAGUUUCCAGGCAGUCAAAUAUAGCCUUCCACCCUCUGCGUGCUGUUCUUCCAUUGAUAAAUAAUUGAUCCAUAUUGAACAAGUCUAUAAGACUGUUUAUGGUUUGGACAUGUAUUAAAAGUGUACACAGAAGUUUAACACGUUGGAUAUGUAAUAUCAGGUCAUGUCCUCUUAGGUGAUAGCUGGAGUGAGUAAUCCUUGUUUUAAAGGAACAAAAUGUGUGCAAAAAUUUCACCUUGAAAGUUCCUAAAGUUUGUUACAAAAAAUUUCAGAAAGUUGGCACAUUUGAAAAAAAUUAAUGGUUUCAUAGUAAAUGUGCUUGUGCUAAGUACAGGUAAAUGAUAAAUUUGAGAUUGUUAGAAAUAUCUCUCACCAGAAGUAUGUUAUUUUUUUUUUUUUUGGGGGGGGGGGGUAAAAUUGUAGAGGUGUGUGAGUGUGUAUGGUAAAAGCAUUUAUGUAAAUAAGAGGAAUGACAAUAACGAUGAUAAAAAUAUCAGUAAUGAUGAUCUGCAUUAUGUGAUAUGAAGCUUAUUCCUUUUAUGUUUCCAUGGAAAAAUUAAUGUACAUUAAUUGAAUGAUUAUUUGCAGCAACCCCUUGUAGUGUGGCAUACUAUUUAUAACUUGACUGCUCAGGUCUUAACAUGUUAAGCAGAAAAUUAAUAAUCAUUUUUACUGGCAAAUGAUGUGCAUGUUAUUUACAACUAUUAAUAGUCUGUCAGGAAACAAGUUCUUUAAAACCUUUCAUUAUUUAUAUCAUCUCUAAUGCUUAAAAAUUUAGAUCUUGAACAGCUGUAACCUAUAUCCAGUCUCCAUACACUUGCUAUCUGCAGCCAACUUAUUAUUGUUCACCAACCAUGUCUUUUGUGGCAAUGAAGAUUAUUGUCAGUCAGAGGCCAGUCUCUAAACAAUGCUCCAAGUUUUGGAUUUCAGCUAUAGUAGUAGGUCAUUAUAUUGCCUUGUUUUCUAGAUGCCAUAAUACCAUAGUACUAGAAGCCAGUUUUGUAUAUACUGUUUCUGUUCUGAAAGUUUGCAUCUAGAAAAUGAAAUGGAUGUUAAAUUUGUUUUCAAAUGUUGAUGCAGCUUUAUGUAAUAGUUCAACAAGGCUAACUGAAUAAACUCGUCAAUGAAACAUGAUCAAACAAUUUAUUUAAAACUUUUUUUGCCUUGCAUCUUUUGCACAAAAACAAUAAAAAGCUAAAUUUUCUGCAUGAGCUAAAAAUUUAUGUACUGAUGUGAAAAAUGCUGCAUAUGAACAUAAAAUAUUCAUCAGUUUUCUUUUUCUUGUGCUACAAAACCUACAUAUGCAUUAUACAUCAAAUGGCAGUUUUUGUUUGUUUAGCUAGUAUCGUCCUGAAUGUCCUCACUGUGUAUAUUUUACUUUACCAUGAUUUGAUAAAGGAAACAAUACCAGGAACCCUCUGCUAAAUGUGUCAGAAGGUUUUGCUUUGAACGGAUCCUGAAUAAGCUG